AUGACUCCUCCUGGAUAUAUGUGUGAGUUCAUACUCAUUUCUAAUACAAAACUGAGAGUCACUAAGGUUAUAAUUAUAUAUAAAGCCAGGAUUACGGCUGAUGCGGACAGCAAAACAAUUAUAAAAACUUUAAACGAGCACAACCAUGGAGUAAACCAGCAGAAAGUAGAAUCUCAACAACUCAGAGUCAGAGUUCGGAAAGCAUCUAAUAUAACUGCAAGACCUUCAAAGAUAAUACGCACAGAACUACAAGUUAUUGUUGAAGGCAUUCUCCGAACAUCUCUUCGGAUUCCAGCAACCAGUAUACCAUCAAAACAGACAUCAUACUAUUGUAUGUUAUUUAGACUACCUAGAAAUGACACAUUCCAUCUUGUGGGAACAAAACCGAUCAUUGAUAAUAAAGAUAUCACACACCAUAUACUUCUGUUUGGCUGUAACGAACAAGAAGGACAAAUAAUACCAUCGGAAGAAACAUAUGAAUGUGGAAUGUUAGCGCACAGACAAUGUGUCAAUAUUAUUGGGACCUGGACAGUUGGAAGUGAUGGCGAUUGUUUCCACAAUUCUACUGGAUUUAAAAUUGGAUCAUCUGGAUUCCAAACUGCAGCUUUACAGAUUCAUUGGAAUAAUCGAAAUAGAAUUCCAAAUAUGACAGAUUCCUCUGGAUUAGAGCUUUUUUAUACUCCAAAUCUUCGACAAUACGAAGCUGGCAUGUUUGCUGUGGGACAAGAGUACCUAAAUAUUCCACCGCGAGUUCCUAACAUAAGCUUCCGUUCGAGCUGUUCCAGUGCCUGUACAGAAGUGAUGUUUCCGAAAGGUGUUUUUAUUACAAGAGCAGUUAACCAUAUGCAUUAUAAAGGUAUACAACAAAAUAUAGAGAUAUACCGAGGAAACAAGAAAAUAAGAGACAUUACUCAUGAGGAGGAAUAUACAUAUGACAAACCAGUAUUUUAUCAGUUUGAUCCUCCUAUUAAGAUUCGUCCUGGGGAUGAAAUUAGAACUACAUGCACAUAUUCCUCUCUAUCGUCAAACGAAACUAUUUUCUUUGGCGAAGGAACUUCCGAUGAAAUGUGCUACGGAUUCAUCACAUAUUAUCCUGCACAAAAUAUAGCACUGCCAUACUGUACAACAUGGAAAACAGUUGAAAAAUGUAAAAGAUAUAUGCCACAAUUUGGCGGAAUAAUUGAUGGAUGUAGGUGGAAGGACUUCCUGUCUGGUGGUAAUGAAUAUAUUGGAUUCAUGAUGAUUGAAUUAGCUAUGCACUGUGAUACUACGUGUUCUUCGAACUGUACUGAAAAAGUCCGAAAUCUACGAGAACAUGAAUGCUUAAGCGGUGAUCUAGGAGAUUUUAUGAUCUUUAAGUUACAGAGAAAAUAUCCAUCCAUUAGUUUAAUAAAAGACUGUUUUCGAGAAAACAAAAGUGACAAUCAUUGCAAACUGGCAUCAGAUUUUCAUUGGCAAGAAUUGGAACCAGAACGAAAAUUGGAAUUGGCUGAAGGAAGCUGUACAUGUGGGGGAGACCAAACUUUACAUCGUUUAAUCAAAGCUAUAUUGUUAGAACGAAACAUUUUCAUUGCUUAA